AUGGCUUGCCGAGUGGCCUGGCCUGCUGUUGCGCUGCUCCUCGUGCUGCUGCUGCUGCUGCUGCUGCUGCCUGGUAAGAUUGACCCGUUCUUGAACGACUACCUCCUCCCAUCUCGGACUCGCAUUCGCUGGGCUCGGAUCCAGGUCGAAACCCCAUACCAUGUGCUAACGCCGACUAACCCCAUCUUCGCCUUGUCGCGUCGCAUGUCUCCGGCCAUCAUAUGCGAGAGCCAAGCUUUUCGCUUGGCCUGGGGUCUCCAUCUGUCGCAGUCCACUAUGCACGAUGCAUGGCACAAGGAGUGGAUCUCCAUCUCCAAGCGUCGACCCUCAGAAUUCCCCAAUGUGGUCGCCGAUAACGAGGUCCAUCCCAAGUCCGAAGUGAACGCUAGGGAGAUUGUGCUCAACAGCCUUCGGUGGGAGGGGCGUUCACCCGGACAUUGA